UAAUAUCGAGGAGGCACUUAAAAGGACGACAAGAGGAGGAGGAGGAGGAGGAGGAGGAGGAGGAGCUGAAGGAGGUCCUGGAGGAAGUUUUACACCUGGUCUCUUCUCCUACGUACACCUGUAGAAAGUUAAUUACUAUGGGAGGGUAUUCGUGUAACCAUAAGACGGAUGGAGAGAAGUAUGUGUGUCACGACCCGCCAGUGUACGCGCGGGGGCCCUACUGUCUUGUAUACUCUGUGGGAGCUGGCCAUGACUUCUCCUUCGAUACACACAUGGCAAGGUUCGGCUGUGAGGUGUUUACUUUUGAUGAUGACCGCGCGCACAGCCACUACCCCACGCACAUUAGAGACAGACUCUGGUUCUACAAAAUAAGAAUCGGAACGCAUUUUGUCAAGCAGCAUUAUUUCUCCUCCUCCUCCUCCUCCACUGAGCCACAAAUCCUCCACUACGCGCCCCUGCCAGCCGUUCGCGCCAGGCUGGGACACCAAAACAACCAUAUCCACUUUCUGAAGGUGGAUAUUGAAGGAGACGAGUGGAGUGUGUUGGAGGGGUCGCUGUUUGAGACCAACAUUCUGCAGGAGACACAGCAGGUGGGUCUGGAAGUUCACCUGGAUGGGCUGAGGACGACAGGUAACAAGACACAGCCCACACUUCACCUGAUCACAGUAGCCCGCAGAUAUCUCAGGGUACUGAAGGGCCUCAAACAGCGGGGCUUCCACCUUACCCACUGGGAGGCGAACCAGAGGGGUCGGAGGUCAUCACUGUGGCUGGCCUGACCUUCCACAUGUAUUCGGAAACUCUCUGGGUCAACUUACAAUUUCAGGCAAAAAAAGGAACAUGCCAACAGAUCUCUCCCUCCUUCUGUCCUUUUCCCCAGCUGAGAGAGAGAGAGAGAGAGAGAGAGAGAG